UCAAAGACAGAUUAGCAAUGCUUUUUUUGUUCGGCACACAGCAUCGGAGUGCAGCGGUGCGUGUCAUUCUUGCCGUCUCACCCCCUUCCCUGAGAGGGCGAAUCCGUCAGUAAUGAGAGGUGCUGACGCCUUCGAGACAUACUACAGCAUUUUGGGGGUGGGAGGGACUGCGACCACCGAAGAAGUCUCGAAGGCAUACCGCAGGGUGUCUCUUUCUGUACACCCCGACAAGGGCGGAGACCCGGCGGCAUUUCGAAGACUCACCAAGGCCCACGACGUGCUACGGGAUCCUGCCUUGCGAGAGCGGUACGACAAGUACGGGGCCACUCUCGAGCCAUCCCCGGGCGAUCUCAUCGGCUCCGGCACCGUCGGACGACUCGUUCCGCUCUCGCUUUCCGCCACAGGGGGCGCCAUAUCUCAGUUCCUUUUCGUGGUGGGGGCCGUUAAUGCCUCGUUUUGGGGCGUGGGGUGUGCAGUUGCCGCGGGCGGCUCGUGGUUGAAGGCGAGGCGACUUGAGGGGGGGGCGGGGGAGAGAGCUAGUGCUCUGCCCGCGGUGGUGGGCGGGUUGGUCCUGGGUAACGCGGUGGGGUUCACGGUUGGAUUCGGGGCGCGCGGCACCGCGCGACUCUUGUUUGGGCGACCAAGAUCUUGACACAUGUCGAAAAUGCUAGGGUUGUCGUCGUUCCAGAAAUGUAGUAUCCGUACUUCAACGCGAUGAGCUCCGUGGGCGCUAAACGUCUGAAUCUAAGACUACGAGCCUCCGCCUACAUUCGACCGAGUUGUGUGUGGGUGCCAUCGUUGCUGAAGGGGCUUGCCUUGCAGCGUACACGUCAAGUUGCCUGGUGCUCGUGGCGGGGCCUACAAGCAUUGCACACGAGGUGCCUCUCUCAGCUUCUUUGAGAGAGCAGAACUUGCACCUCGCCCCCGCACGCCCGACCUCCACGUAAGGCAGCGCGUUUACGAGUGCCCUCGAAUGCAAUCACAGAUCCUUGUUCUUCAGAGAACCCCAUGGUGUGACCUGUGCAGAAUUCCGAAAGUUUCUCAUGAUACAGGCUUGCAACGUCCCUCUAAAGGGCAAGCACAUGGGAACCUGUACUUGCUCGAGGGAAGCCCACUGUGACAUCCAAGAGCGGAGAGACGCAGGGCAAACGAGGCGCUUCACAGCCUCAAUAAUAUUGCGGAAUGGGUGGUUGCCGCAUGAUCGGGCGACUUUGCCGAGCACAAGCUACGCUACCUCUGGUCUUCGCAGAGGGGAUCCUGAGUUGCGUUGACUUGGUCUUUUCGUUCGAAAUAUCUCGGUGUGACGGGCGGCUGUGAAGGGGUUGAGAAUGUUGUAUUUGUUGGGUUCCUUUUGUGGUCGGCACCCUUGUUGGGGCUGUGCUCUGAAGGAGCAAUGGGCGGGGUGGUCUGGA